GUCAAAAUACUUCAGCUGUGCUGCGCAGAUCUUUUUGUCUCUCUAUUUCCAUUUGUAGAGAGGUUAGAGUCGGGAUCCCGUAGCACCGCUAGUGCUGUACAGUGCAGGCCACGCCCACCCAGCGGAGCGCACCAGAGCUAACGGAGGAGCAGACAGUGUCAGUCACAAGGAAGCACCGCACCCAAGCAGUGGGCUGUAAGCAGCAACCGGGCUCCCGCUCCGGAGACAUGGGCCUCGAGAAGGAGACGGCAGAUGCCCGCAUUUUUAUGGACGAAGAUGAACUGAAUCACAGCACUGUCCCCAUGCUCACUGAAAAGACAUUCGACAACAGCCCCGACCGUGAUCCCAAGAGGCUGAACUCCCACCUGAAGAUAGAGUUUGAGGAUGUGAUCGGAGAGCCAGAUACAACUCACAGCUUCGACAGGGUCUGGGUGUGCAGCACAGCUCUGUUUGAAAUCAGCAAAUACCUGAUCUACAAGGUCCUCACUGUCCUACUUGCUGUGCCGCUGGCAUUUGUAAUGGGAAUACUAUUUGCAGUGCUCAGCUGUCUACACAUUUGGAUUAUGAUGCCUUUCGCGAAGACCUGUAUGAUGAUUUUGCCUUCUGUACAGAAGAUAUGGAAGGGCGUGACAGAUAGCUUUAUUGCUCCCUUAUUUGCAAGCAUGGGACGGUGUAUGUCUAGCAUUAACAUUCAGCUGGAUCGGGAUUAAGCCUCUGUACCCCUUUGUAAUACUGAAUGUCUCUGCCUUUUUGGUGCUGAAACACUCUGCUCCCUCUUGCACCAUGAUCAGAUGAAAUAAAGCUACUCAUAGACUAUGCACCUUAUCUUAACAGCAUAUUUAAAUAUUGCAUAAAGCUGAAACACUGGCUCAAGUCUAGUAACCAGUUAAAGUCUGAAUUUGCAUAAUUUACCACCUGAUCAGUGGACAUGUAUUCAAAACAUAUGUUCAUGCAGAAAUGUGGGACAUUAUACUAUUAAUUCUGAUGUAGAGGUGUCAUUUAGCAUUUUUUAUGGACUCCAGUAUUUCUUGAACUGCCUUUAAGCACGGGAAUGGGUAAUAUGUAUUAAGCUUUACAUUUAGUAUACUGAUUUCAGUCUUUUCAGUGCUAUGUGGAUUAAAAUGAAGUCUAAAGAAAAAGGUGAAUGCUAGGCAAGAGUUUCUCUGGUAUCUAUUACAGUAUGUUACUGUUCCCUGUGAGUAACAUGAUACUUUAAGGAUAUAUCAUUAUAAUAUCAAGCCUGCAGCAUUCCAUUUGUUUUUAAAGGAUGCCUUGGGUGCCACAAUUUCUGAAGGACCACAAGCUGGACAUUCCUGGUAUAUCGGUAACAGAUACAUAGGCUUAGUCUAAACCUGAGGUUCCAAGCUUGUUGAGUGUGGGGCAUAGCAGUGAAUUUUGAACCCCAAUAAGACUGAAAUGAUGGGAUGAAUGUUUAUUACCUGUCCUGAAUAAUACCAGUGAGGCUGUUAACAAACAUUUGUAGCGUAAGCCAGGGGAGCCUGACCACAUUUUGGAUUACAAAAGAGAAUUUGAACCCAAAAGGUCUAAAGACAACUUUCUAAACCAAAGAGAUGGUUUUGUGAGAAUCCCUAAUGGCAGCCCUCUUACUGGGUGUUCACAUCCAAUCUUUAUGUCACCGAGAACAAGCCAUGCUAUUUCCAAUGGAUUUUACCAUGACAUGCUACCCUUCUGCUCAUCUUAGCUAACUGGCAUCAAACUAAACCUUAAUAUCAAGUCUAUGCAGAACUGCUGUAACAGAGUUUUUUCAAAAAAGAUUAGUUGGGAAACUUUCAGAUAAUUUCAACACUCAAAAUGAUAAAAAUGACAGAUCAUGUAUUUAAUGUUUAUUGACUAAGGGUUGCCGGAGCUGCCGAUGCUACCUAUUUCUUACGUUAUUUACUGAGGGCACAAUGUAAAACCCAUGUUAAAUAUAUAAGAGCAAUGCACUGAAAUAAUUCUGUAGAGAUUAAAUAAAUAUAUUGAAACAUUUCUUAACAAACAGCGUAUGCUUGUGUAUCUAUGGAGAGAGUAUUUGUUUAAAGUGUAAAGUCUCAUUUUACUAUGCUAUACCAGUAAUUUCCCAGCUGUUGGGAUGAUACAUCAUAGGUUGACAAUCAUUAUUCUGUACUACUAAAUAAAAUAGAAGGCUACGUUUU